CGCGCAAACGCCAUUUCUUGGCAUUUAACGUGGUGUGUUGUGACAGUGGGUACCGGUUUCUGGCGGACGUUGCAUAUUUUUCGUCGUUUUUUCCAUUGCCGUAAAUUCAUUCGAGGCGAAUGUGGCACAGUUACGUUCAGCGUUUUCUUGGUGUUUCGUGCGAGCAGAUACGGACCGAUUUGACUACUUGAAGACCCGUCGAAAAGUUACAGCUGUUACUAUAACAGACUCAACAAGGCUUUGGUUCAGAAUUUGAGUGGCGUUGUUUAGGAGUUACAAGAUAUUUACAAGUUAGAAGGAAGAAUAAUAUACUGAGAUGUCUUCUGGUGUGAGCACCUGUUACAAAUGUAACAAGCCGGGACACUUUGCCAGGGAAUGUUCCCAGCCUGGUCGUGAUUCAGGAGGUGGCUACGGAGGUGGCGGUUACAAUAGGGGCCGCGACAAGUGUCACAAGUGCAACAAAGUGGGCCACUACGCCCGCGACUGCAAGGAGGAGCAGGCUAGAUGCUACCGCUGCUACGGAGAGGGGCACUUUGCUAAGGACUGUCUGCAGAGUCCGGAUAUGCCCUCUUGCUACAACUGUAGAAAGACUGGUCAUAUUGCUCGCAACUGCCCCGAGGGCAGCAGCAACAACGACACCUGUCACAACUGUCAGCGGUCGGGCCACAUCGCCCGCAACUGUCCGGAGAACUCCAAGUCGUGCUACUUGUGCCACAAGUCCGGCCACCUGAAGCGAGACUGUCCCGAGAACUCGGACUACGGGAACUAGUGACCCCCCUGCGCAGUCCCGCUACGGCGCCGGCGCAGCAGCAGCUCCCCCCAUCAUCUUCUUAUAUCUCUUAAUAAUUUAAGUUCUAUACUAGCAGAGCGGCCGUCGGGUCUAGGGGGCGGAGCCCCGGGGUGUAGGGGCCCACCACCACCGCCACAAUACGCGCCCACUUAUAAUCAAUCAUCUUUUACUUUAUAUAAUUCUAUAAUAUGGUCGGUAGGGAAACGUGUGUGUGUCUUACUUUCAGAGCGAACUAGGGAUGUCGCGAAAAGUCGAUAUUUUUAGUAUCGAUAUGUAGGGAUGUCGCGAAGUAUCGAUGUUUAUCUUGUAGUAUGUUAAGGCAGUCGGACAUUUAGGUAAUAUUUUGGAAAACUUGUUUAAAUUGUGGUUUACUAGUUUUUUUUUUUCAUUAAACAUCGAAACUAUAUAUUUUUUUAUAUUGUUUGAAUGUUUAUAACGGAUACAUAAAAAACCGACUGAAGUAUUUUAAUUUUUUUUUAUAUUGCACGGCACUUAUUAUUAUUAUGUCAGUUUUACUAUUAUGACAUUUAAAGGGAAAAAUUGACAAUUUCAAUCUUAUCUUUACUAAAAAUAUUGCCUAAAAUAUUGAUAUAUUUAAGAAAAUAAUGCGAUAUCGAUAUUUUGAAAUUUCGAUAUAUUUACACAUCCCAAAGGCCAGCGAAAAAAAUAAAAUAAAAAAAGGACAUUUUUAGACGGUUUUUCUUUUUCUUGUAAUCGACCCUACAAUUAUUAUAUUAUUCACCGAAGCUUACAGAUAUGAAAAUAAUGAAUACAACGCGGUAAAGAGAAAACGUGAAUUUAAUUCAACAUUUUACCUGGCAAAAAUUCAAAGAUCCAUUUCUAAAGUAGUUUGUUAAAACGCUUCAAUAUUGAUCAUUUUCAUCGGUGAAAAUGUUGAAUUCAAUUAAAUUUAACAUUUUACUUAAAGAUUGAAUUUUAAAGUAAUUUGCUACGUGUAACAAAUUAAUAUUUGUUAACAUAGAAGAAACAAGGCUUUAAUUAUUUUUUUUAUAAUUUUUGGUGGUGAAAACGUCGAAUGUAGUUAAAUUCAACAACGUUGAAUUUAGUUAAAUUCAACAUUUGAUAUUAUAUAUAUUGGCAAAAAUUCAAAGAUCGGCUUGUUAACAUAGAAGAAAAAAUGUUUGAAUAUUGAUAAUUUUUGACGGUUAAAAUGUUGAAUUAUGUUAAUUUUAUGGGAGAGAUAGCAGAAUGGUACAAAAUAAAUAAAAACGUAAAACAUAAGGCGUCCUUAAGCGAAAGUUAUCGAUAACAAGAGGCUCUAUAUAUAUUUUUGUAGUGUUUAUUGAGAAAUUCUAGAGUUCCAAUAGUUUAAACGGAAGGAGAGAUGGUUAAAACGGUGUCUAACAAACAAAAAAAAACUGGACGACGAGAAAUCGGUUGUUAAAGCUUACAAAAAUUUAUUUUUUAAUGGAAGUUGUGUACUACUUACUGUUUUUCUGUUGAGAGAAAAGAGGCAAAAUUCAACGCGAAUUUCGGUUAUUUUUCAGUCUUGUUCCUAUUAUUAUGUACGAUUUUUUUAAGGAAAAAGAAUGAGUGUCGCAAAGGCCGAGACGAGAGAAAACAACGGGAUUUGUACUUAAACCAAGGACUUGCGAAACACGCAUUUCUUUUUUCUUCGCUUUGAUUUCAUUACCAUAAAAUAUUUAUAUACUGUAGUAUAAAAAAUAUGCUAAAAAAACGUUUGAGCUGGAAUGUAUUUUUAAUAAAGGUGGUGAUAUGGA